CCGAGGAGCCGGUAGCAGCUCCUGGCUCACAGCGCUCCGGGCUAGGCGAGCGGGAGGACGCCGUGUGCUGGAUCGGUGCGGGCGGCAGGGCAGGCGGAGGAGGCGCAGAGAAAGCCGGUCGGCCAGGACGCUGCAGCAGGCGGCGUCGGGGCCGCAGCUUCGGCCCUUGGCGCGCCCCUAGCGCCAGGUUCCUGCGCCCUGGGCGCACGGUGGAGAGGGACCCGGAGUCGAUCGCGGGGCCGCCAUGGAGCCUGUCCCCUCUGCGGAUGCCGAGCUACAGCCCCUGAUUCUCACCAACGCCUCGGACGCCUUCCCCAGCGCCUUCCCCAGCGCGGGCGCCAAUGCGUCGGGGCAGCCGGGCGCUCGGAGCGCCUCAUCCCUCGCCCUGGCUAUCGCUAUCACCGCGCUCUACUCGGCUGUGUGCGCAGUGGGGCUGCUGGGCAACGUUCUUGUCAUGUUUGGCAUCGUCCGGUACACUAAGUUGAAGACGGCCACCAAUAUCUACAUCUUCAACCUGGCCUUGGCUGAUGCGCUGGCCACCAGCACACUGCCCUUCCAGAGUGCCAAGUACCUGAUGGAGACGUGGCCCUUCGGGGAGCUGCUCUGCAAGGCUGUGCUCUCUAUUGACUACUACAACAUGUUCACCAGCAUCUUCACUCUCACCAUGAUGAGCGUCGACCGCUACAUCGCCGUCUGCCACCCGGUCAAGGCCCUGGACUUCCGCACACCUGCCAAGGCCAAGCUGAUCAACAUCUGCAUCUGGGUCCUGGCCUCAGGUGUUGGUGUCCCCAUCAUGGUCAUGGCUGUGACCCGACCCCGGGAUGGGGCGGUGGUAUGCAUGCUCCAGUUUCCUAGCCCCAGCUGGUACUGGGACACGGUGACCAAGAUCUGCGUGUUCCUCUUCGCCUUCGUGGUGCCCAUCCUCAUCAUCACAGUGUGCUAUGGCCUCAUGCUGCUGCGCUUGCGCAGCGUGCGCCUCCUGUCAGGCUCCAAGGAGAAGGACCGCAGCCUGCGGCGCAUCACGCGUAUGGUGCUGGUGGUGGUGGGCGCCUUCGUGGUGUGCUGGGCGCCCAUCCAUAUCUUCGUCAUCGUCUGGACGCUGGUGGACAUCGACCGGCGCGACCCACUAGUGGUAGCCGCUCUGCACCUGUGCAUCGCGCUGGGCUACGCCAACAGCAGCCUCAACCCCGUGCUCUACGCCUUCCUCGACGAGAACUUCAAGCGCUGCUUCCGCCAACUCUGCCGCACGCCCUGCUGCCGCCCGGAGCCAGCCAGCUUCAGCCGCGCCCGGGAAGCCACCGCCCGCGAGCGUGUCACCGCUUGCACCCAAUCGGUCGGCCCGGGUGGUGGCGCUGCCGCCUGACCAGUCCUGGCUGGCCCCCGCGCGCUCCUCCGAAAUGACCUGGCGGUCACACUGAGCCCCCUGGGAAGCGGGGACCACUAUUCGAAAUGGGGCAGUAGAAGGUCGGA